UGUGCUCAUGGUGCUGUGGAUGGAUUCCCUUUCAUCGCAUCAAGCUUCCAGGGCUCAGCCUGUGCUGACCCAGCCACCUGCCGUGUUAGUGCUGCCAGGGCAGACCGCUCGGCUGUCCUGCACCCUGAACCCUCAGUACAAUAUCAGCAAGUUCGGCAUCUCCUGGUACCAGCAGCGUCCAGGGCAUUUCCUGAGGUAUCUGCUCUAUUACAAAUCGGAGUGGGACAAGCACAAGCCCCCUGAGAUUCCUGACCGCUUCUCCGCUACCAAAGACCUUGCCAGCAAUGCCUGUAUCCUCAUUAUUGAGGCUGUCCAGGAUGAAGACAACGGCAACUAUUACUGCGCGCUGUUGCGCUCCAUCAGCUGGCUGUAGAAAUGGGGAACCAGAGCUUUCUGCCUUUCCCUUGCGACCCCCCAUGCUGAGCCCUUCACAGGCAGAACAGCAGCCCUAGAAGGAAUGGAAGAAGAGCCUCCUGCAUGCUUGAGCGAGCCCAGCAGCACCGUGCCCGUUGUGCUCAUAGGCUGUGAGGCGUAGCAACCUCCUGUUCAACCCAAGAUCCCCCGUGGAGCAUUAGGCAGCCCUGAUACGGUGUGAGAGAGACCUGCCAGUCCUCAGCCCAGGAAUGCAUGGGAGCAGAGAUGUCCCCCCCGCGGCAGGUGGUGGAGAGCUCUGCAGCAGGCUCCUACAGCACUCGGCAAAAUGGGGCCUUGGUCCUGGCUAGGGCUUCUCCACAGUUUGGCCCUGCUGAUAAUAAAG